AUGCCUAGCAGCACAGCAGCAGCAGCACCAGCAGCAGCAGCAGCAGAUCCUGCUGCUGCUGCUGCUGCUGCAGCAGCAGCAGCAGAGAACACAAACCCUCAGCAGUAUGCAUAUAUACCUGAGCAGCUAGCUGCAGCACGGCGUGAGAUAGAAGAAGCAACAGCAGCAGCAAGAGCAGCAGCAGCAGCAGCAGGAGCAUCAGCAGCAGAAGUUGAGAAUAUAAAACCUCCUCUUCUUGUUGCUGUAUCUAAGGCUCAUCCUGCUGCUGCUGUUGCUGCAGCAGCAGCAGCAGGACAGCAGCACUUCGGCGAAAAUUAUUUAAAAGAAUUAAUAGAAAAAGCAAAACUGCUGCCGCAGAAUCUCCACUGGCAUUUCAUAGGUCAGCAGCAGCAGCAGCAGCAGCAGCAGCAGCAGCAGCAGCAGCAACACGCCGGGUGUAUAGGCACCUCAGAUGCUGCUCUGGGGUGUAUAGGCACCUCAGUUGCUGCUCUCGGGUGUAUAGGCACCUCAGCUGGGGGUUUACAGACGAACAAAGUGCGGCAGCUGCUGCGCUCUGUCUCUAAUUUAUUUUCUGUUGAUUCUGUCGACUCAACCAAACUUGCUGCUGCACUGCAGCACGAAGCUGCUGCUGCUGAUACUACACUUAAUGUACUCGUGCAGGUCAGCUGCAGCAGCAGCAGCAGCAGCAGUAGCAGCAGCAGCAGCAGCAGCAGCAGCAGCAGGAGCAGUAGUAGUAGUAGUAGUAGGAGCAGCAACAGCAGCAGCAGCAGCGUAGCAGCAGCAGCAACAGCAACAGCAGCAGUGUAG